UUACAGUGACGUAAUGCUCAAAGGCAAUCCGGGACACGUCAUUGCGCGCAACACCGAGGGGUGCGCGCGCCUCAGAGAUUUAUGAAUGAAAGCACAAAACGUCACGUUACUCCUUCACGACUGUCAGUUAUACACACUAGUCGAAUAAAAGUCAUAAAGUCAAUGAUGCAGAGCCGGCCUGGACUCAGAGAAGCGCGCUGAAGCCGUGCGCGUCCCCCCGCCGCACACAUGGCACGUUCCACUCCGCCGCGAGCUGUUCUUUCAUCCGCCACCGCUCGUUUCUGGACCAGAUGAACGGACUCGCUCCGAAUUUUCACGCUUUACGACCCACGGAAGAGCCAUGCGCUCGAGACGGCCCGUCUGUGGAGAUUCACGCGCGCUUUACGUUUAAACCCGUCGCUUCUCAUCGACACUUGAUCUGUUUGACAGACUUGCGCGGCUCUCCGGGGCUCGAUCCGGUUGUGUGAUACCGAGAGCGGACCAGAGUGACGGUGUGUCCAGUCCCAUGUUGCAGCCGAACCAGCACGAACAUGCCCGCUCAAAAGAUCCGGUGAAAUACGGCGAACUGGUGAUUCUCGGGUAUAAUGGCUCUCUGCCGGGUGGAGACCGCGGUCGCAAGAGGAGCCGCUUCGCUCUUUACAGGAGGGCGAAAGCCAACGGCGUCAAGCCCAGCGCGGUGCACAUCCUCAGCAACCCCCACGACAGCAAGGCGGUGAACAGCAGGGGGCAGCACAGCAUCUCCUUCACCCUCUCCAGGAACCAGACUGUGGUGGUGGAAUAUUGCCAUGACAACGACACCGACAUGUUCCAGAUCGGCCGCUCCACGGAGAGCCCCAUAGACUUCGUGGUGACGGACACACCGGGAGGAUCCAAGGAGAGCGAGGACUCGUCUUCGGCGCCCAGCACCAUCUCCCGCUUCGCCUGCAGGGUCGUCUGCGACCGCAACCCUCCCUUCACCGCGCGCAUCUACGCUGCCGGCUUCGACUCCUCCAAAAACAUCUUCCUCGGGGAGAAAGCAACUAAAUGGAAGAAUCCGGAUGGUCACAUGGACGGACUCACAACCAAUGGUGUGCUGGUGAUGCAUCCGCUGGGAUUCCCAGAAGAGCCCAAGCAGGGCCUGUGGAGAGAGAUCUCGGUGUGUGGAGACGUGUACGCCCUCAGAGAGACCCGAUCCGGCCCGAUCCGCGGACAGCUGCGCAGUCAGAAAGUCAGAACAAUGGCAGCCCUCGUCACCGGUGUGUGUUUGCAGGCGCAGGGCGAGAGCAGCGCGCUGCAGGACGGCUCUCUGGUGGAUCUGUGCGGAGCGACACUGCUGUGGCGCACCGCUGAAGGUCUGCUGAAAGCGCCCACUCUGCGGCACCUGGACGCCCUCCGCCUGGAGCUGAACGCCGCGCGGCCGCAGUGUCCCGUGGGCCUGAGCACGCUGGCCUUCCCCAGCCUCCCGCGCAGCCACAGCCUGGAGGAGCGACAGCCCUGGGCCUACCUCGCCUGCGGACACGUCCACGGCCGGCACGACUGGGGCCAGCGGCCCGAGCGCCACCGGGAGCGGGAGGAAGGCGCUUGCGGCGGGACGGGCGGCCGGCGGGAGUGUCCGCUCUGCCGAACGGUAGGGCCGUACGUGCCGCUGUGGCUGGGCUGCGAACCGGCCUUCUACGUGGACGCGGGCGCACCGACUCACGCCUUCGUGCCCUGCGGCCACGUGUGCUCCGAGAAGACGGUCAGGUAUUGGGCCGAGACGCCGCUGCCUCACGGGACACACGCCUUCAGACCCACGUGCCCGUUCUGCUCGGCCCCGCUGUCGGGCACGCCCGGGUACACGCGCCUCAUCUUCCAGGGGCCGAUCGAUUGAUGAGGGGGCCGAACGAGGGGACGAAAGGGGUCGCGAGUCUCACUACAGGUCAAACGUUGGGAAUAAUGUUUUUGAAAGAAGUCUCUUUGUUUAUUUAAUCAAAAAUACAGUAAAAAUUGUGAAAUAUUUUUACAACGUAAAUCAGCUGUUUUCUAUGUGAAUAU